AUGGAUUGUGAUGUAGCAUAUUAUGAUAUGGAUAUGAGAGAAUGCUUUCCGACCAGAAUAUCUCAUGUUCGAAAUCAAGGGCAAUUUGGAAUUUCCUGGGCAAUGGGACUUAUCUCUCUCUUGGAAGCGAAGAUGGCGAAAGACUGGGGAAUGGAUAUGCAUCUUCCAAACGCAUUUAAUCUUUCAACACAAGAAUUAGUGGACAAAUUUUGGGGUUUACUAGUUAACAAACCUCCAGAUUCAAAAGUAGACAAAAAUGGUGGCUAUAGCAUUGGCUUAAUAUCAGCCUUCAAUUUGGUGGUUACGCAUGGGGAUAAACAGUUGCUAACUGUUUCUAGCUUCACUGUGAUUCAUCCUAGUGAAGAAGUGAUCAUGAUUAAUAUAAUCUACAAAGGUCAUUCUGGAAGAUCUAGGCCUCCAACAGAAAAUGACUUUGAUGCACUUACAGUGAUGCUCACAGGACAUGGGAUUUCAAGCACUGCAGAAAAGUAUUGGCGUUUUAAGAACUCUUGGGGGAAGCGAUGGGCAGACUGUGGAUUUGGGAAAAUACUACGAGGGCCUACGGCAUACAAUCCAAAAACCUGUAGUUACCAACUUAAUUUACUAUCUACUGUGGUUGAGUGUGGACCUACUAAGGGAGAGACGGUCGAGAGCUUUGCUGGCAAAUAG